ACUGCAACUGCUUCGACUUCUCAUUCCGGACUUUCUUAGUGACCUCAAACACCUUCAAACCUCAUCUCGUCUCUUUCUCCUCAUUACCUCACUACCACCUAACACCUAUUCUCACUUCCCUUGUCAUUGUUCCUAGACUCCCUCGCUGCUGCCACUCUUUCCGAGGCUCGCGUCCAUUCUCUCUUUGUCAUUCUCACCUCCUAUGGACUGCAUCCUGGAAUAUUGAGCUCCAACAAGCUGACCUCGUUCCGUCAUGUAUCGAUGCGCCGUCGCCAAACUCCCCCCUCGAGCUCAGAGAGCUUCGAGAUCCCUAUAUACUGCCUCGGAAGCUAAACUCAUCUCCACAACACAAAGGACAUGUCUCUCCAGUGGCAGAAAACCGCUGGCUCUCCUUCUCCGCACUUCAGUGCCGCGUAGAAGCUAUGCCAUUGCUGCUGAGGAUACUAAUAAAGGAGUUGAUCCCAAUGAUUCCUUCCUACAGGGCAACACUGCAAACUAUAUCGAUGAAAUGUACCUAGCCUGGAAAGAAGACCCUUCCUCCGUCCACAUCUCCUGGCAAGCCUACUUCCGCAACAUGGAAGAUGGCACCAUGCCCGUCUCACGCGCCUUUCAGCCUCCUCCGGGACUCGUCUCACAGGCAGAAGGAGCCAUCGGAAUCGCCCCAUCCGCUGUUACCGGUGGUGGAGAUGUUACAAAUCAUUUAAAAGUCCAGUUACUCGUCAGAGCAUACCAGGCAACUGGUCACCACAAGGCCAAGACUGAUCCCCUUGGUAUCCGCGGCGAGGCAGAUGCAUUUGGAUACCGCAAGCCCAAAGAGCUCGAAAUCGAUCAUUACGGGUUCACCGAAAAAGAUCUCGACCAAGAGUUUUCCCUCGGUCCUGGUAUCCUUCCUCGUUUUGCCACUGAGGGCCGAGAAAAGAUGACGUUACGCGACAUUAUCGCCGCGUGUGAAAGAACUUACUGUGGAAGCUACGGCGUUGAGUACAUUCACAUCCCCGACCGUGAACAGUGCGACUGGAUCCGGAGUCGUGUCGAGGUGCCCACCCCAUUCAAAUAUUCCACCGACGACAAACGUCGCAUUCUCGACCGUCUCAUCUGGAGUUCCAGCUUUGAAAGCUUUCUGGCCACCAAAUACCCCAAUGACAAGCGAUUCGGUCUCGAAGGUUGUGAAACCCUAGUGCCCGGUAUGAAGGCCAUGAUUGAUCGAAGCGUCGACUACGGCAUCAAGGACAUUAUCAUCGGCAUGCCCCAUAGAGGUCGACUAAACGUCCUCUCCAACGUCGUGCGCAAGCCCAACGAGUCAAUCUUCAGCGAGUUCUCAGGAACCACCGAAGCCGCCGAUGAAGGCUCUGGGGACGUCAAGUACCAUCUUGGCAUGAACUUCGAAAGGCCUACUCCUUCUGGCAAACGAGUCCAACUGUCUCUCGUGGCCAACCCCUCCCACUUGGAAGCUGAAGAUCCUGUGGUUCUGGGAAAGACACGUGCCAUUCAACACUACAACAAUGAUGAGUCAAAGCACCAAACCGCCAUGGGCGUUUUACUCCACGGUGACGCUGCUUUCGCGGGUCAAGGUAUCGUCUACGAAACCAUGGGUUUCUACGCCCUCCCCAAGUAUUCUACCGGCGGUACCAUCCACGUCGUCGUCAACAAUCAGAUUGGUUUCACCACUGAUCCUCGCUUUUCCCGAUCGACCCCUUACUGCUCCGACAUUGCCAAGGCCAUCGAUGCCCCUGUUUUCCACGUCAACGGUGACGAUGUCGAGGCCGUCAACUUUGUCUGUCAAUUGGCCGCCGACUGGCGUGCUGACUUCAAGAAGGACUGCGUCAUCGACAUUGUAUGCUAUCGCAAGCAAGGCCACAACGAAACUGAUCAACCCUCCUUCACCCAACCUCUGAUGUACAAGCGCAUCGAAUCUCAAGUCCCUCAACUAGACAAAUAUGUCAAAAAACUCUUGGAUGAAGGCACCUUCAGCAAGGAGGAUAUUGAAGAACACAAAAAGUGGGUUUGGGGCAUGCUCAACGACAGCUUUGAGCGUAGCAAAGAUUAUCAACCUACUGGCAAGGAAUGGUUGACAUCUGCAUGGAACGGCUUCAAGUCACCCAAGGAACUUGCCACCGAAGUCCUUCCCCAUCUUCCAACUGGCGUUCCCUCCGACAUUCUGAAGGAGAUCGGAGCCAAGAUUGCCGACACACCCAAGGGAUUCACCGUUCACCGCAAUCUGAAACGUAUCCUUGCCGGCCGAAAGAAGGCCAUCGAUGAUGGCAAGGGUAUUGACUGGGCUACUGCCGAAGCACUGGCCUUUGGCACCCUGUGUCUCGAGGGCCACCAUGUUCGUGUUUCCGGACAGGACGUUGAGCGUGGAACCUUCUCCCAGAGACAUGCUGUGCUCCACGACCAAGAAAAUGAAGGAACCUGGACCCCGCUGAACAAUCUGUCCAGCGAACAAGGUGCUUUCACUAUUUCCAACUCGUCCUUGAGUGAGUUCGGUGUCCUUGGAUUCGAGUAUGGCUACUCUCUCUCUUCACCCAACGCCCUCGUCAUGUGGGAAGCCCAGUUUGGUGACUUUGCCAACAACGCCCAAUGCAUCAUCGAUCAGUUCAUUGCAUCAGGUGAGGUCAAGUGGCUGCAAAGAUCAGGACUUGUCUGCUCCCUUCCCCAUGGCUACGAUGGCCAAGGACCAGAGCAUUCGUCAGGCCGCAUGGAGCGAUACCUGCAAUUGUGUAACGAAGAGCCUCGCAUCUUCCCCUCACCUGAGAAGCUCGACCGUCAACAUCAAGACUGCAACAUGCAAGUUGCGUACAUGACCACUCCUUCCAAUUACUUCCAUAUCCUCCGACGACAGAUGAACCGUCAAUUCAGAAAGCCACUAAUCGUCUUCUUUUCCAAAUCUCUUCUGCGACAUCCUAUUGCACGAUCUAAUCUUGAAGACUUUACCGGAGAAUCUCAUUUCCAGUGGAUCAUCCCGGAUCCAGAACACGGCAACGCCAUUGCCGAGCCUGAGGAGAUUGACCGCGUGGUUCUUUGCACUGGCCAGGUCUAUGCAGCAUUGCACAAGCACCGUGGCGAGAAGGGCCACACCAAAACUGCCAUCACUCGAAUUGAACAGCUCAACCCCUUCCCAUGGGCACAGCUAAAAGAAAACUUGGACACUUAUAAGAACGCCAAAACCAUUGUCUGGUGUCAAGAGGAACCCCUCAAUGCCGGUGCCUGGAGCUUCGUCCAACCUCGUAUCGAAACAUUGCUUAAUGAGACGGAACACCACAACAGGAGACACGUCAUGUAUGCGGGCAGAGACCCAAGUGCUUCAGUAGCCACAGGUCUCAAGGCUAGCCAUGUCAGAGAAGAAAAUCAACUGCUAGAGGACGCCUUCAGCGUCAUGCAGGACAAGCUGAAAGGCGAGUAAGUGGUGGUCAGAGUGGCUAGUACAGAGACACUCUUAUUCAUCGCGUGUUGAGCUAUGGGAUCUUGCAUUGCUUGUAUCGAUGCAGGCGAAAAAGUGGAUUUGGCGUGUCUGGAUGCUAUGAACGUGUGCAAGAGGCUAGUUUUGCAACAAUCUAUCUUUACAUACCUUGAUGAAUCGUGUAUAUUAUGGCCAAUUGAUGUUGGCAUGACACAAUCCUCACGCCAAAUGGCAUCGAUUACCAGUGCAACAGAUAUGACUCGACCUGAUCCAAAGUCCAACAAGCCCAACAAUGGGGAACUGGGCCCAUAAGCAGAGAGGCACUUCUCAUCGAUGCUCCCCACAGAAAUGGUCUCCAUUUCUAUGCAUAGAGAAGCCCUCGGUCCUAUCUUCAGCCCCAGAUUUGCAGAACAGGACUCUAGAAUACCGUGGGAACUUUAACCUAGUCUGGUGAAGAUCUUCUCGGAAAUUGUGCAUGAAGCGACGUGGAGAUGGACAAGGCGCCCGAUACUACUCCGUAAGUGAAGAAUCGAUCACCAGAUUUGUCAUGUGUCAGAGUACGUGGAUCUCUUUUUCUCGGAUGGACUCUCUCCUCUUGCACUGAGACAUAACGGAAGACUUCUCCAUCCGUGGAUGACCCCAGUUUCGAGCUUGAUGACCGAGUUGAUGCUGGAGACUGACUGAUCAUGCUUUGAGUUCAGCCGAGAUCUGCGGACAUCCUGGAAUGCCAACCAUAAACUCCACUCAAUCUUUAUAUAUUCCGUUUGACAUGUUCGCAUUGGACCUCCCCAAUUCGGCCUCAUUCUUUGGUUGAAGUUUGUUUUCCCCGUGUCUUGCUGUCUCGCCCACUCGUUCACAACCGUCAACCGAGAUCCUAGCGUCACAGCGCGGCAAGAUAAGCAUCCGCAACUGCAGAUGCACGAGAUGCAAGAGGUCUCAAGCACAGGGUUCGACACGUUUAGGUUCAGCUUGGGCUGUCCUUGUGCCAUCUUUGAUGAUCUGCCUGACGUCGAAAUCUCUUUUGGACCAAUCUUCUGUUCUUGUCGGAACUGGCCGGGGCGGGAAGGUUGGC